AUGGCUGCAAAAUAAGAUUCAGAAAUUCAAGGACUGUUUUUGAUUCUCGUGGAAGAAUGAAGAUUGUUGAUGAAAUAUUGAAGAUAGAUGUAGUGCCGGGUUGGAAGAAAGACACAAUUAUCACUUUUCCAGGAAAAGGCAACCAAGUACAAAGAAAAUCUGCAGCAGCUGAUCUAAUCAUUGGGGUGGAAGAGAAGCCUCAUGCCAUUUUCAAGAGAGAAGGAAAUGAUUUGAUAACCACUCAUAAGAUUUCACUUUCAGAGGUUCUCACAGGAAAGACAAUCAAAGUUACAACGUUGGAUAGAAGAGAAAUCGAAGCUUCUGUCACAGAAAUUGUAGAACCAGACAAUGAGAUUGUGAUCCAAGACGAAGGCAUGCCCUCGGCAAACAGGCCAGGGGAAAAAGGAAACCUUAUAAUUAAGUUUGAUAUCGUCUUUCCAUCGCAGCUCUCCACAUUGCAAAAGUGUCAAUUGAGAAAGAUUUUUAAUGAAGUCGAUUAG